AUGACCAUCGCCGAAUUCACUGGCGAGUCAUGUGAGCCACUGACCACAGACAAUGUCAAGCUGGGCACCGGUCCCCCCACGCGCGAGGAGCUCCUCAUAUACUAUCCCGCAAAGUUCACCUGGCAUCAGAUGAAGACUUUCGUCAAUGCGGGUGACUUGGGUCUCCUGAAACGAGACAAGAAGCUACAACAGCGAUAUGACAGUUGGGCAGUAGGAAUCAGGGAACAAUAUGGAUCAAUGGUCAACUAUCUAUUGUCAUAUCGUUUGCAAUGGGGGAAAUGCGACACUCUGUCCAAGCUUCCCUCUAGACUUGAUUUACAAGCAAAAUCGAUGCACAGCGACCGGGGCACAGAGCCCAAUGGAACGCAUCUACCACAAGUACCAGUUGGAGCGAAAAAAUACUUUACUGCUGAUAUAUCCGACGCUCUCAUCAGUAUCAUCAUGAACGAUUGGCCAUACUCCGUCCCUGCCAACAUAGAACAUGCUCUGAUCUGGACCGUCGUUCCCAUCUUAUCUCCUGAUAUCCCCCCAUCCAUCAAGCCUCGACUUCUUCAAGAUGGUCUUUGGGGUUUCACGGGUCUUUCCCCCGACUCCCCCCCGCCAUCUCCUUCCCUCCUUCCCUCCUGCCUUCCCGCACUGGCCGAAUGGGAAGUCACCGAGUCAAACCUGAUUCGCAGCGUGAAGGGAACUGAAGAAGAAGAGAGAGCCGUCACAGAUGCGGGUGCUGAAGUCCACAAAUUCGUCUGUAACAGGUGGGCGGAGAAGGAGUGGGAGACGGCCUGGUUUGUGAAUCCACCUAGGCUACAAAGUGUCCCUGGCCUCGCUCAUAUUCACGUCUUCGCACGGUACAAGACACCUGAAGAAGCACUUCGCUGGGACGCUGAUUAUCUGCCACGAGCGUCGUCAUAG